GCCCGCUCCGGCCCCUUCCGUUCAGGCUCCUGCUACACUUCCGGUCAGCGAGGCCUGUUCUUCUGCUCCUCUGCCGGCUCUACGCUAGGCGUCUCAGGUCUUUCCGGAGCGGUGCCGGCCCCUCAGCGCGACUCUCCGGAAGUCUUCCCUCGCCCCGCGUCGUACGCUUCGCCGAGGCCCGCGGGGCGGUGGGGGCCGGGCCUGCCGCGCGAGGUGAAGCCCCACAGCUCCGUUGAGGCUGUCGGGAUGCCGCUGCCGGGGUCGGCGUCGCGCUGGACGGCCGCCGCGGGCCGUUGGGGCUGCAGGCUGCUUGCGCUGCUGUUCCUGCUGCUGCCGGGCCCGAGCGGCGCCUCCGAGAUCACCUUCGAGCUCCCGGACAACGCCAAGCAGUGCUUUUAUGAGGACAUCAUUCAGGGCACCAAGUGCACCCUGGAGUUCCAGGUGAUUACUGGUGGACACUAUGAUGUAGAUUGUCGAUUGGAAGAUCCUGAUGGUAAAGUGUUAUACAAGGAGAUGAAGAAACAGUAUGAUAGUUUCACUUUCACAGCCUCCAAAAAUGGGACAUACAAGUUUUGUUUCAGCAAUGAGUUUUCUACUUUCACACACAAAACUGUGUAUUUCGAUUUUCAAGUUGGAGAAGACCCACCUUUGUUUCCCAGUGAGAACCGAGUCAGUGCCCUUACCCAGAUGGAAUCUGCCUGUGUUUCCAUUCAUGAAGCUCUGAAGUCCGUCAUCGACUAUCAGACUCAUUUCCGGCUGCGGGAGGCCCAAGGCCGAAGCCGAGCAGAGGAUCUAAACACAAGAGUGGCCUAUUGGUCGGUGGGCGAAGCCCUCAUCCUUUUGGUGGUCAGCAUAGGGCAGGUGUUUCUUCUGAAGAGCUUUUUCUCAGAUAAAAGAACCACCACAACUCGUGUUGGAUCAUAACUACGCUUUCAGACGCACCAUCGCCGCUGUAAUAUUACUGUCCUCUUAAUUUUAGGUACUGAAGAACAACAUUGGCAACAUUCUAAAACCCCACUCAUACUUGUUGGGAGAGAUGUACAGUUCACAUCCCCAUGGGGAGAGGACACCUUUUUUAUUUGUAAGGGUGGAAAAACUUUGGACCUUAAUGCAGCUAUUCAUAUGAAAUAUCUAACGCCAAUGAUCUACUUUUUCUUGGUUUAUAUCUACUCUUCAUACACUCAACUUUGGUAUUCUGAUUCCUUUUAACCAUUUAAAAGUACUUUUCUUAAUAGGUAGUUGAUACUUUAAAAAAUCUUAGAUUUAAUGUGUAUUGCAGAGGAAGAAAACUGCCUUUUAUUGUUUAUAGUGAAUAAAGUUGUGUUUUUAAGAAAACCAAAUGUGAUUAACUGUAGCCAAGCCCUAUUCUGCACUGCUUAAUUUUAUGGGGGAAAAUAAUCUACUGUAGAACUUUUAGUUAAUAUUGAUACAAUUUUCAUUGAUACAUCAUGAUAUAAUUUAUUUCUUGCUAGUUUGGAAAGUGUACAGGUUUUUUGGUUUGUUUGUUUUCUUAUUCUAUCAUUUAUAACUGGAUAUGUUAUUUGUUUAGAAAUGUUACCACGACAUAGAAAAUAGCAUAAUAGACUUACAAUCAGACUGUUGUAACUGCUAGGAUAAACAAUAUGAGACACUAAAAUACGGUAAAUGAAUAGAAACCUUUUUAAUGAGUUGUCUGUCAUUGCAUUUCCAGAACUUUUAUAAAGAAAGGAGGGUCUGAGUUGUUUGAGCAUUCUGGUGAACUAGUUCUUGUUCAAGUCAUUCCCAGCUUAGGUCGCCAGUUGUGAUCUAGUAUCACAUAAGUGCCAUAUGUUUUAACCUCACAAUGUGAUGCACUGAGAAGUUAGUAAACUCUUUUCAUUUUUGUCUUGUUUCUGCAGUCUCUAAUUAGCAGCUCUACAAUUUAAAAUGUAGAAUGGAGUGAAUGUUUCCUAUUUAAAGAUCCUUAGAAUUGGUUUGUACUGUUUGUGUCUUGUACCUUGUGUGGAUUAAGCUGUUUGAAAUGAGAUUUUGAUCCAAGUAUUCAGAAUAGAAUACAAAAUGAUGGAAAUUGUAUAGGUAAGCAGGCUUUUAUGCUGUUUAUAAAAGAAAAAAAAAAAACAAAAACAUAGCACUCGUUUUUCAGCCUUGCCUCUCUUCACAAGUCAUGAGAACUAAAUGAGUAAUGAUACCAUGGGACAGUGACUAGCGAUUCUAGUAACAUGACCGUCACUGACUAGAAGUUAACUCAUAAUUCUAAGCAGUCUUAAAUGCACACACACAUAUAGACACGUGCAAAAACUUCUGCAUGCAAGAGAAAAAUAAAUUCAAGUUGUCUUGCUUACAAACUUCAGAUGUCACAGUGUAGGGGUAAACAUGUCUUCAACCUUUUAGGAUUUUUGAAGACUAGAUCACUACUCCAGAUUAAGAGGAGAAGUUUAAGAUUUUGCAGAUGUUGCCUUUUGAGUUCUUGUAUUAAAGUCCUAUGGCUUUUUAAAUGUCCCAUCUACUUAUCUGUGAAUGUUUUAAGCACCAAUGUCAAUGUGAUUGCUACGCAUGGCACAUGUAUAAAACGUCAUGUCUGGUUGCCAGUGGACUCUUUGAAUACUUAAACUGUAAUUAAAUGGAGUCAGAUUUGGAUUUGCCAGGUUUGGCAUAAAUAAUGCCCUCAUUUAAUCUGUGCCUCUCAAAAUGUCAUGAUAGUAAACUAUUACUAUAAAUCAUUUUUAAUGAAAAUGUGUCAAACUUGAAAUCACCAGUUACCUAUUUUCGGAAAUAGUGUGAAUUUAGUCUCAUUUCCCAGCUAGCUAAAUCUUGAUAGCUAUCUGUUCACUGGUAUGAAUAUAUAAGAAAACACAUACCCAUGCAUAAAUACUAUGAGGUAUUUUUUUUUUCCUCCUAUGACAUAAUUCAUAGUUUGUCUUUUUCUGUAAUUCUUUAUAAGCUGUUGCAGGAGUUUAAAUUUCCCAAAUAUUUUUGUUUGGUCAUAUGACUGAAUGCAUAUUUGAAUAUCAUAAUUGUAUAUAUUUUUAAAGUAGAGUAAAUAAUGGAAAGCAACUUGAUACAUGAGUUUAUACUAAAAUUUCAGCUGGGUAAAGAUAUGUUUUAAGAUACUGCUUUACUAUAAUCUAAACAUUCUUUUAUUCUAUUAAGAAAUGUAGUUGGCUUAUAACUUUUCCUCUGGGGUCAAUAAUCACCUUUGAAAAUACAGUGGACUGAAAAGCAAUUUGUUGAAAGGUUUCAUUUAUGUCUCUGUACCAUCCAUUUUUUUUGUUUCAGUUUCUAAAUGUACCAUUUAUGGUUAAAUAGAAAAAAACUGACAAUGACUUUUGUUUUCAAAAAUUAGACAAGUUAAUUUAUAAAUAAUUCAAAGAAUUUUUGUUUACUUUAGAAAAAGAAUUUUCUCUAAAGAUGAUUCCACAGGAUUGCACCAAUCAGUUCCAUGUAAAAUUAAAGAAGGGGAAAAAAACAUCAGCCAACUGACUUCACUUGUUUCUAUCAGGAUUUAAUUUUUUCUAAAACUCCUUAGAAAUACACAGUUCCUACUAUUGUUUUAGGCUGGAUUUUGUUAAUAAUAUGCAUCCUUUAAUACUAGCACUGGGAAGCAGAGACAGGCAGAUAGAUCUCUGUGAGGUCAGUCUGGUCUACAGAGUGAGUUUCAGGAUAGCCGGAGCUACACAGAGAAACGCUGUCUCAAAAAAACAAAACCACACAGCUCCUAGUACUAUUUUGUAACAAUAGUGUUUAUUUUUCAUUUCAUGAAGAUUAUGAGGCGGAACUGACCAAAACAAAUUAUAAAGAAGGGUCAAACCACAGCCUCAUUUGUCAUCUUUACAGUCAUUUAAAUAUUUUUUAUUGUUGUUUUGGGUGUUUUGUUUUGUUUUUGAGACAGAGUUUCUCUGUUUUAGCCCUGGCUGUCCUGGAACUCACUCUGGACCAGGCUAGCCUCGAAUUGACAGAGAUCCAUCUGUCUUUGCGUCAAAGUGCUCGGGUUCAUCUUUACAGUCUUUAAUGGGAGUGUUCCUGGGAAACACCGUUAGUUGCUCUAAAAGGUCCCUAGUUAACCUAGAUUGUCUACAACUUAGUGUUGACUCACACCUUCCCUCCCCACCCUUUGCUCAAAGAGCAGUCAGAACUCUACAGAAAGGAAAAAUAACAGUGUGCACAGACUGGCAUUUAUUAAAUAUUUACCUUUAACUCUAUGAAUGGACUGUGCUAUACUGAAAGUAUUAUGUGUCCUCUGCAAUUGCCCUAUGAACUAGUUUUAUUUCUAUUUUUUAGGCAAGGCAUAGUGUGGUGAUUUCAAUAAAAAUUACCCUCACUGGGAGAGGUACUAUUAGCAAGUGUGGCCUUGUUGGAGAAGUGUGUUAUUUUGAGGUCUCAGAUAUGCAAGCCACGCCCAUUGUGGCAUUCUCUUUCUGCUGUGUUCUGAUCUGGUUAUAGAACUCUGCUCCUCCAGCAUCUUGUCUGCCUGUGUACUACCAUGUUUCCCACCAUGAUGAUAAUGGACUAAACCUCUGAAACUGUAAGCCAGGCCUAAUUAAAUUUUUUCCUUUAUUUGA